AUGCCGAUCCAGUCAAAGUUAAUCCAAGACCUCCUCUGGUUCAGUCAGAUCGCUGAUAAGAUCUCCCUGAUUCGUAUUCCAGUUGAAGUUAUUCCAAGACCUUAUAUGGUCCAGUUAAAUCAAUUCCUAAAGAUUUUUCUGAUGCCGAUCCAGUCAAAGUUAAUCCAAGACAUCCUCUGGUUCAGUUAUAUCGCCGCGAAGAUCUCCUUGAUUCGUAUUCCAAUUGAAGUUAUUCCAAGACCUUGUCUGAUCGCCGAUAAGAUCUCCCCGAUUCGUAUUCCAGUUGAAGUUAUUCCAAGACUCUUGUUUGUUCCAGUUAAAUCGAUUCCUAAAGAUUUUUCUGAUGCCGAUCCAGUCAAAGUUAAUCUGAGACCUGCUCUGGUUCAGUCAGAUCGCAGAUAA